ACCAGGGAGGGAAUCUCACAUAGAGAGGAAGAAGCGGAAGUUAUUAAUUUUCUUCGCUACAGAUACUAUUCUGUGCUGGACUUCUACAACUUGCACGGCUAGUUCUACUUAUGUUUUGCUUUUGAAGUUUUGUGGCGAAUCCACGCCACGUCAAUAUUAUGUUUUGAACCACCCCAAAAGCGGAGCUCUUGAUUCAAUUUCAAUGUAGAUUCGUUACGUUUUCUGCUUCCUAACUCCUUUGGCCCAAAGUGCUUCAGAAGGGAAAGAAACACCGAUGACAACAUCAGAGGGGAUGAAAGAUGUACCAAAUGGAACAAAAUAGCUCUCCUGAACACAGGCAUGAUCUUACUGUGGCUCUGGAUGAAGCCAAACUGGAAGUCAUUGGGCAGCGAGUAGAUGCAUCCAUGUCCUUCUUGGAGACUGUCAAAAUGCAGUGCCGGUGUUCAGGCUCCAGGUUAAAGGGCACUCUGCUGGGCAUCUUUCCCAUCCUGUCAUGGCUGCCCCACUACUCCAUACGAGAAAGUGCAGUCAGAGACCUGGUGUCUGGGUUUAGCGUGGGCAUCAUGAAUUUGCCACAAGGUAUGGCCAACGCGAUGCUGGUAGGUGUUCCACCUGUGUUUGGCCUCUACACAUCUCUCUACCCACUGGUCAUCUACUUCAUAUUUGGUACUUCCAGACAUCUUGCUUUGGGAACUUUUGCUGUCCUGGCCAUUAUGCUUGGGUCUGUUCCAGCCAUUGUGGAGUUGCCUGGUGACGGUGCUGAUGUGGUGACAGCUAAAGUAAACAUAGCUGUCCAACUUACCUUACUCUGUGGUCUUAUACAGUUGCUGCUCUAUCUGUUGCGCUGCGGGGCUGUGUGCCGCUGGUUGUCUGAUCCCCUUAUAAGAGGCUACACAACAGGUGCUGGCUUGCAUGUGGUUGUCAUGCAGUUGCCUCUCAUGACCGGAAUAAAUGCACAGAGACACACUGGACUGAUGGCCUCCUCUUGGACUUUACUCGAUGUCGUGUAUGGGAUGACCAGUGUAAUACCCGCAACUCUGUUGGUCUCUGUUGUUUCUAUGGUGAUACUCAUUGCGGGCAAAAUGUUAAAUAAACAUUUUAAAAGCAAGCUGCCAGUGGCCAUACCCUGGGAAGCUAUAUUGAUAGUUCUGGGGACUGUGGCAUCAGUGCAACUGGACCUGGCUGGACAACACACAGUCCAGGUGGUCGGCCGGAUUCCCUCCGGACUGUCACCCCCCAUCGUCCCCUCUCUCUCGCUGGUCAGGGAACUGUUUAUUCCAGCUCUCUCAGUCGCUCUUGUGGGCUUCAGUUUCCACACAGCCAUGGGCUCCAUGUUUGCCCAUAAACAUGGCUACCACUUUGACUCCAGUCAGGACCUGCUUGCUCUGGGUUUGUGUAACGGCAUAGGAGCCUUUUUCCAGUGUUUUGCUGUUAGCAGUUCAUUCUCACGCAGUAUGGUUCAGGAAAGCAUUGGUGUCAAAUCACAGAUGUCUGGUUUGGUUUCAGCCCUGACAAUUUUAACUGUUUUGCUGAAGGUUGGUCAUCUUUUUGAGCAGCUUCCAAAGGCAGUAUUAGCAGUGAUUAUUGUGGUGAACCUGCAGGGUUUGCUUGCUCAGUUUAAAGAUGUGACUCUCUUGUGGAAGUCCGAUAGAUACGACCUGCUUGUGUGGGUGGCAUCACUAAUUUCAACCCUAGUCCUUAACCUUGACCUUGGUCUGGCAGUGGCCGUUGGCGUUUCUCUGCUUACGCUCAUCUACAGAACUCAACGCUCUUCGACUACUGUGUUAGGUCAAAUUCCUGGUACAGAUUGUUACAGAGAUGUGCAACUCUACAGUCAGGCAAAGAUGGUUCCUGGAGUUACUGUAAUCUUUUGUCCCAGUCCGAUUUAUUUUGCCAACUCCACACUGGUUUUCACUGAGAUCACACAGAUUGUGGGUCAUGCUCAGAAGGAGAACCCAGCAGCCACCAGUCAGUUACUGCCACACAGCCACUACUUGAUUCUGGAUCUCAGCUCGGUCAACUUCAUGGACACAGUUGCCAUGACAGCACUUUGCAAGCUUGUGGAGAACUUUGAAGCCCAGAAUCUCCGUGUUUUUCUGGCCUCGUGCCCAGAGAACCUUUUAUCCCAGCUUCGGUAUCAGGGCUGCAUACCCAAAAGCCUGCCCAGCUCUUCCAUCUUUCCUUCAAUCCACCACGCUGUUCAUCGUUGUGUCAGCAUGAUGCCUGUGCUUCUUGAGGAGUUGACCUCUGCCAGAAGAUAAAGUUGAACACACAACUUGGACUGCCUCUUCUCUAUGUCAGUGUUAUGCAUCUCAGAGUUAUGGCAUCAUUAAAUGUGGAAAUCAGACCAAUUACAGUUUAAUACUGUAGUCCAACAGAACAUUACAAUAUUUAUUUCCAGAAAAAGGCAUCUUCCACCAAAUUCAAUUUUUAAAAUUGUUUUAUGCAUUAGAUACUGUCGGUCAAAAUGCGUGUUUCACGAUGUUAAAAUUUGUCAUCUGUUUGUGGUUCGUGACUUGAUUGCAAUUGCUUUUGUAAUUUCAAAACUGCCUUGCAGUUAAGCAGAUUUCAGAUUGUUGACAAUGUGACGUCACACCGUGCCUUAUUAUACAAAUAACUGCCCACCUGGUGUUUCCCCAUACGCCCACUCUUUAAAGAAGGGCAUACAAAAUGUGUUUCACUGCUGCUGUUAUGACAUGCAAAGCUGUUGAAGUCAGCCAAACACAAAGCAUUUAAAAAGUAUGAUUUACUGUAUGUCGGCCUGGGAAGAUCUUUUGGAAACAACAAUGGCCAAACCUUGACAAAAUUACUAAUCCACAUUAUUAAAGUGCUGCCUGAAGAUAUGCAUUCAUUUUGAUGGGCAAAGAAAGAUUGGGAUAUGUGAGUGGUAGCUGAACAGAUCGAACUCAUAUCUAAAUGCCCUGUGUUUAAAAAUAUGAGAAUCAAUCCACUAUGGUUAUGGUUUGAAUAUCCAAAAGAUGUUUUUUAAAUUUUUUAUUUUUAUUUUUUUAGUAAAAAUAUAAACCCCACACAAUGAGUAAACGAUUCCAAUAUGUCUGCUGAUAAAAUAAACAAUGUCAAAAUAUUUCAUGAGUGAGGUUUUGAGGACAAUGUUCUAAUGAUUACCUUUUGACAGAUUUUUUUUUUUCAUGUUCAGAUAAUUAUCUGUUUUGAAAGAAAUCCAGCUGGCAUCAUGUUUUCAUCCGUGUGGUGUAAUGAUUGGACAAGGCACAACCCUGACGGUGCUUCAAUGACUGACUAAUCUAAUCUCUUAGGGAUACAAGAUAGGACAAGAGCUUGGCCAGUUAAAAAAAGGAUCAUGCCUCAAGUGUGAUCGGCUUCCUAUGCUUGAGACAAUAAAGACAAACCACUUGGAUCGGAUUGGAAAACUUCAACAAAUGACAUUCAAAGCUUGGUGACUGGAGCGACCACAAGAAAGAUUCAAUUUUUCUGAUGUGGAAAGGAAAAACUAUUUUAUGCAGUUGGAUGAGUUCUACAAGUGCAGCAUCUGAAAUGUGAAAAACAAACUGAAGACCCCACUUAAUUUCCAAGAACGUUUGGAUUUUAUGCUUUUUUAUUAUUUUACUUUUAUUAUUAUUUAUUAUACAACAGGAAAACAAGGUAAUAGCUGUUUGUACACAUGCUCUGUGCCUAAGUAUGUAGCCUAAGUAUGGAAAUAUAAAGAUAAGUAUGGAAAGCUUUUUUUUCCCCCAAGAAUAUACUGUACUCUACCUCCAUCAGCUCUCAUU